UCCCAUGUCGUCUGGAAAGACAGAGCUGAGAAUAUUUAAACUGUUAGUGAUGUAUGUAAAUGAUCAUGUGGUAGCAGAGAAAUUUGUGGACAUACUACUACCAAUUUUCAAAAAGAAAGCUUUAAAUUCUGAUGAGUGUUUGGAUGGUUUACAUAUCAUAAGGCACAUUCUACCUGUGCUGAGUGAUAAAACAACUGGAAAAAUUCUCAGUGCAGUUAAUCCGCUCCUUCUUUCUUGUGGUUUGAACAUGCGAUUGUGCAUUUGUGAUAUUCUUGACGACCUUUCUUUGAUUGAUCCAUCUUUCGCGUUUCUGGCUAGGCUUCUUCGUGAAUUGAACGAUGUGUCUCAUUUGGAGUUAAAUGAGCUUGACUAUGACACAAGAAUAUCUGCUUAUAAUUCAAUAAUGCCAGAUAUCUUCUCUUCAUUCAUGGAGGAACAUGCUUUAACUGUACUAUCUCAUUGCAAAUAUAUGACAUGUCCUCUGAAGAACUGAUUCUACGGCAAGUCAUUCCUGUCCUUCAUACGAUUUGCGGCAUUAGUAUUAGAUAGCAAUGGAGAGGAUUGCGAAGAGAGGUCCCCUGGUGAAUUACUUGAAGGAAAAACAUACCCAAUUCUUGAAAUAACUAAUACCAGUUUUACUUGGACGAAAGCUUGCAUUCAGCGUAUAGUUAAGAAAACUUUCCUGCAGGAUAUUGGUGAUGCUAUGUCCAAGGAUAUCUCAAUUCAGAAAGAAUGGAUUGAUCUUUU